AUGGCGCCCAAGAAGAACGCCCAAAAGGCCAACGCCGCCGCCGCCGCCGCCGAAGCACCGCCUGCUCCCCCCUUGUCGCCCGCUGGCCCGACCGCCGCCGCCGCGAUCCCGGGCACCAUGACCUCGCAGCCCAAGGCCGUCCCCGUCGGCAAGAUCGCGGGCGGCGCCCAGAACUGGGACCGGGUCCUGGCCAACAUCUACAACCACUACGUCAACAGCACCCCGCAGCGCACCAAGCUCAUCGACGUCUUCAUGGUCUUCCUCGUCGCCGUCGGCGCGCUGCAGUUCCUCUACUGCAUCCUCGCCGGCAACUACCCAUUCAACGCUUUCCUCUCCGGCUUCUCCGCUACUGUUGGACAAUUCGUCCUUACUGCAUCUCUCCGAAUCCAGACCACCGAAGCCAACAAGGCCGACUUCCCCUCCGUAUCACCCGAGCGAGCAUUUGCCGACUAUGUCGCGUGCAGCUUGAUCCUCCACUUCUUCUGCGUCAACUUCAUAAACUAA